AUGAUAAAAAUAUCAAGGAAUUUACUUUACCUUGAAACAAAACACACACUUGCUUAUUUAUGUCCAUCUCCUGUGCUCCCAGGCCACUCCUUGAUUUUCCCAAAGCAACAAGUAUCUAAGCUAUAUCAAUUAGGCAAUGAUUCAAGUUUUGAUCUUUGGCUCUCAGUUCAAAGGGCUUCUAAAAUUUUGGAAAAAUAUUACUUUAGUACAUCGACUACAAUAGAAGUUAAGGAUGGUGUUAAUCCUUGGCUUUAUAUAAAUAUUAUCCCUAGAAAAUCCUGCGAUUUAGAAGAAAAUGAUACCAUAUAUGGAAUUAUUGAAAAUCUAAGUUUCGGAGAAGAUAACAUAAACCUUAGACAGGAGAUUGAAAUGCUUAAAAAGCUUAUAAGCAAUUAA